AAGAGAUUACAGUGGUUAUACAGAUUGCUUUAUAAACCGGAUUGAGUGAGAGGAACAGGAUUCUCAGAGAGUUUUCAGAGGUGAAGACAACACACCAUAAGCGGCAAAAAUGCCGAUCGUAGAUGUUGAAAACUUAACAGACUUGGACAAAGCCAAGAUGGAGUUAGAACAGAAAAAAAAGGAAGUACCGCUUGAGAGAGCACUGCUGUCAAAAGGCUGUACUGAAUUUAUGGAAGCAGUCCAGGCUACGGCUGAUGAGGAUCCCCUUGUGAAAGGCAUUCCAGAGGCUACGAACCCAUUCAAGGAAAUCAAAGGUGGAUGUGUCAUCUGCUAGAGUGGACUGAGGAACUGGCUUCUUUUGUAGCCCUACUUCUAGCGCCCGUUGGAGACCUGAUGCCACCAAUAAAUCAUAGCUGGAUGAGCAGUAUCCAUUAGAACAAGGAUUGAUAUGCAAACAGAUUUGAAGGUUUUUGUCAUGCCUUUGUAAAAAUGACUUCCCUGGAUCAAAGCCGUCUCUGAUUGUACUGUUGUGUUUCCCCUUGAAAGUGACAUAAUAAAUCAAAAGCCAUUUUGUGCAA